AUGCCCUCGUCGUCAGCAUCCGUAUCUCGAACAGUGCAUACGUUCUUGCCCGCUAUUUCUAUGGAAUUGAAAGAGAGUAUUACAACAACAGAGCAGCAAGAAACGGCAAGUGACGAUGAUGAUGACGAUGAAGAUGUUACCUUUCCUCCUCCGCUAAGUCAACUGGAUCGUCUGAAACGAGCUGCAGUCUUUUGGUCCAAGGCCGUACCGAUUGUGGCCAACUAUUACGGUCUAAUCGGAACGCUGAAAUUGCAAGAAAUCAUGGGUGAAACUUUGGAUGAAGAGACUAUUGAGGCCCUUUGGAACGAAAAGCAUGAGGAUGGCGCACAAAAGCUAUUCGAAACCGUUGCGGAUCUCAAGGGAUUUUAUGUCAAGACAGCACAAAUCAUUUCGUCUCGGCAGGACUUAUUUCCAAAACAGUAUACCGAAGCGCUCAGUGGAUUUGCAGACAAUUUGGAUCCCAUGCCAGCUUCGUUGGCCAAAGCUGUGGUGAAACAGGAACUUUUGAAUACUGACGAAACUUGGGACGAUGUCUUUGUGGAAUUUGACGACAAGCCACUGGGUGCGGCAUCAGUGGCCCAGGUCCAUCGGGCCGUUCUCACGGAAAAGUAUGGCGGCAAGGAAGUCGCGGUCAAGAUCCAACGACCAUCCAUUGAAUCCAAGCUGAUGGGAGAUAUUGCCAACCUCAAGGCACUUUCCAAGCCAUUUCAAGGCAGCGAUGUACUUCCAUUGGAUUACUACACUGUCUUUGCUGAAUUGGAAGCACAAUUGGGAGAUGAAUUUGAUUUUGUUGCGGAAGCUGUCGCCAUGGAUCGAAUUUACAAUUCCUUGACACGUAGUAUGGAUGGAUCAACAUUGACGGAAUUGCCGCUUGUCAUGCCACGACCCGUUCCUGGAUUGGUAAGCAAACGAGUCUUGGUCAUGGACUAUUUAGAGGGAGUACCACUCUCUCGAGCACGCGAAGAAAUGCUAAAGAAAGGCAUUGAUCCCGAAAGUCCGGAAGCUAAGUUGUUCGGACGCAAGCUAUUGACAGCAUUGACAUAUUGUUUUGGCCGAAACAUUCUGGAACAAGGAUUCUUUCAUGCAGAUCCUCACCCCGGAAACAUCUUUGUCCUUGAGAAUGGAGAUAUCGGACUGAUUGACUUUGGGCAAGUGAAACAGAUUUCGGGGCGAAAUCGUGAAACGUUGGCCAAGGUCAUGAUUGCCUUGGACGACCGACUGUCUGAUGACAAUCCUGACGAUUUGAAGAAAAUUGGUGAUCUAGCAUUGCAACUGGGGGUGGAGCUGAAUGAUGAUGCUCAAGACGAGGCUGCCGCUGCUGUUGGUAUGUGGCUAUUUGAUGGUUCGAUUAAAAAUCUUCCUGGUGGAUAUGACAACGCAGAGCUGAGCCCAAAUUCCCCCGUCAAGGAACUGAAGUCGUUUCCACAAGAUUUGGUACUUGUUGGGCGAUCCGCCAUUCUAAUCAAGGGCCUCUCCGAUCGUUUGGGAAUUCCAUGGAGUCUGUCCCAACAGUGGGCUCCAAUCGCUCGCGAAGUGUUGAGUGGUCCCAAAAGUAUAGAGGAUUCUCGGGUUCGCUUCAAGUCGGUAGUAGGGACCUUCAAGGAAUGGGGCAAGGGAAGAGGUACCCGACUCGUCCAACGUCUCCCAUCACCAGUCCGAUCGCCAAUUCUCAAGGCGAUGCUGAAACUUGAAGAACGAAGGGCAAAGGCCGCAAUGACUUCUAAGAAGUAA